CCCCAUUAAAAAAAUUCGAACCGUCUCAUCUCACCUUCUUCUUCCCUCGAAACCAUCUCAAAAAGAAUGAUGUUGAAGCCUUUGCUCCAAGCUCCAAACCAAGCCUCCUCCCUCUUCUUCUCACACAGGUGGCCUUCAUCAAGCCAUGGCAGGUCAUCGACCAAAGCCCGGCCAUCAUCAUCGGUUCGACAGCGAAGGCCUUCGAGGCGUGGCCGGACUUACUGUACAAUGGAGGAGGCUCGGGUGGCUGUAGGUGGCCCCAAGAAGAGCCCGGUCACGGUCAGGGCAGUGGUGAGAGUGAAGCUCCCGACUGGAGGGACGUUGUCGAACCUCGGCCUCGGUGAUGCUUUUGCCGACUUGCUCGGAAAAUCCCUCCUCCUCGAGCUCGUGAGCUCCGAGCUAGAUCCGAAAACAGGAUUAGAGAAGAAGACAGUACAGGAUUAUGCUCACAAAAUAAGCCAGGAUGAUGAUCAAGCCAAGUACGAGGGCAACUUCACUGUCCCUGCCAAUUUUGGUGAUAUUGGAGCAGUUUUGGUGACCAAUGAGCAUCGCAAGGAAAUGUUUCUCAAAGAUAUUGUCCUCAUGACUGAUGAUGGCUAUCUUACUAUUGAUUGCCAAUCUUGGGUGCACUCCAAGUACGAUAACCGUGAGAAAAGGAUCUUCUUCACCGGAAAGUCCUACUUGCCAUCCCAGACCCCAAAUGGUCUUCAGAGGCGAAGAAAGGACGAACUGGAGAACAUGCGGGGAGAUGGAAGAGGGGAGCGCAAGGCCUUCGAGAGGAUCUACGACUACGACAAAUAUAACGAUCUCGGCCAGCCGGACAAGAGCGACGACUUGAAGAGGCCGGUCCUCGGCGGUAGCAAAGAAUUCCCAUAUCCAAGGCGUUGUCGGACCGGACGUCCGAGGAGCUGGAAAGACCCUCAAUCAGAAUCAUGGAGUGGCAACAACUACAUUCCCAGGGACGAGGCUUUCUCGGAGGUGAAGCAGGAGUCAUUCUCACCCUUGCGAUCAGCAAUCCCCGCGCUACUACCUUAUAUUGAUGGAAUGGUAGCUGAUCCGAAGCUUGGCUUUCCCUACUUCACCUCCAUUGAUGCGCUGUACAACGAGGGCAUGAGGUUUCCAAAGAAGGAGGGGCUCGACUUGGUGCUUACCUUCGUACCAAGGCUAGUCAAGACACUUGCUGAGACCGCUGAACAAAUCUUACGCUUUGAGACCCCAGAAAUGAUCGACAGGGACAAGUUCGCAUGGUUUAGAGAUGAAGAGUUCGCUCGGCAAACUUUGGCAGGCCUAAAUCCCUUCAGCAUUCAACUAGUUACGGAAUUUCCAAUGGUUAGCAAACUUGAUCAUAAAGUUUAUGGUCCACCAGAGUCGAAAAUCACUGAAGAACUGAUUGAACGGGAAAUAAAAGGAGUCAUGACAGUUCAAGAGGCACUGGAACAAAAGAGAUUGUUCAUGCUAGAUUACCACGAUCUUCUGCUACCUUACGUGCACAAGGUCAGAGAGCAAGAGGGCACCACGUUGUAUGGAUCCCGAACACUCUUCUUCCUCACAUUGGAGGGUACGUUGAGGCCUCUUGCUAUCGAGCUCACCCGCCCAGCAUCCCCCGCGAAGCCCCAGUGGAAGGAAGUCUUCACUCCCUGCUGGGAUGCCACCGGAGCCUGGCUGUGGAAGCUUGCGAAAACACACGUCUGCGCCCACGACGCCGGCUAUCACCAGCUCGUCGUCCACUGGUUAAGGACUCACUGCUGCAUCGAGCCAUACAUAAUCGCAGCAAACCGGCAACUCAGUGCGAUGCACCCAAUAUAUCGGUUGCUGCAGCCCCAUUUCAGAUAUACCAUGGAGAUCAAUGCAAACGCACGCGAACAACUCAUCAAUGCAGGCGGUGUCAUCGAGACAACAUUCUCUCCUGGCAAAUAUUCUGUCGAGUUAAGCUCCGUUGCCUAUAAGCAGCAAUGGCGAUUCGACAUGGAGGGCCUGCCUGCCGACCUGAUCCGGAGGGGAAUGGCAGUGGAGGAUCCGACAGCAGAGUGUGGAUUACGUCUCACAAUAGAAGACUAUCCUUUCGCUAACGAUGGCCUUCUGGUGUGGUCAGCAAUCAAGCAGUGGGUUACAGACUACGUGAACUUCUACUACCCAGAAGCAAGCCAUGUGAAGGAGGACCAUGAGCUCCAAGAAUGGUGGACCGAGGUCCGAACCAAAGGCCAUGCCGACAAGAAGGACGAGCCAUGGUGGCCAGUGCUGAACACCCCCGAGGACUUGAUACAAGUCCUGACCACCAUCAUCUGGGUUGCCUCCGGCCACCAUGCCGCGGUCAAUUUCGGGCAGUACCAUUACGCUGGCUACUUCCCCAACCGCCCGAGCAUCACCCGCAAGAACAUGCCGGUGGAGGACAAAAACGAGCACGGCUUUGCCCAGUUCUGGAAGAAGCCCGAGUUCGCCCUUCUGAACACCUUGCCCUCACAACAGCAAGCCGCCAAGGUGAUUGCGGUGCUCGACCUACUCUCGACCCACUCGCCGGACGAGGAGUACUUGGGUAAAGACCCUGAGCCAGCAUGGAAAGAGGAGCCCCAGAUCAAGGCUGCGUUCGAGCGGUUUAGUGGAAGGAUGAAGGAAAUCGAAGGGAUCAUCGAUGCACGGAAUGCCGAUCCCAAUCGUAGGAACAGAUGCGGUGCCGGCAUUGUCCCAUAUGAGCUGCUGAAGCCCUUCUCCGAACCCGGGGUGACGGGAAUGGGCAUCCCUAACAGUGUCUCCAUUUGAGAUAAAACUGGAAGAAACUCUCUUUCCUUUCAUUAGUUUUUGCUUAAACGUGCAUAUUUUUCAUCGAUCACUGAAUCUCUGUUAAUUAAACUGGAAGCAAUGAAUCCAGCGUAAGCUAUCCAUAUGUA